AUCUCCUCGAGGCCCAAAAAGCGGCUAAACUAGGCGAGGUGAAAAACAUAUAUCGGUAAGCUUGUUUUUGGUUGACUGACGAGCUUGCUUAUACUAUGGCGCUUUUUCACCGCGGUUUGAACUUGAAGACGCUGUCGCCUCAGUGCAUCUACCGGUCGCGCCCGCAUUGUUCAGUCAGAUAGGCAACUUGAAAGCCGAUGCACUAUGGUCCGAUUGAAACACGGACAUGGCCUGUUGAAUCCGAGCGAUAUCCCAGGCUACCCAAGAACAAGACAUGCCUACCCGAUUUGGGUAUGACAUAGACUCUGCCGAUUCGGGAAUACCUCUCGUUCUAGCCGUCCACUUGUACUCCGCACGGUCUAACGGCGCGAGCAAUGCUCCUCGUGACGUGCUCAGCGCUCCCGGCCAGCUUCUAGAAACGCGCAGGGCCUACCGCGAUACCUGAAAUUGACGAGGAGGGAGAUGUUGGGGUUCCCCCCUAGUCCCUUCUCGUGAUACCCUCAAGCUGUAGCCAUACAAUAUUCUGCCGCGCUCUCGCUGGAUCGACGUGACGGCCGACCAUGCGACCAGAGUUGCCCAUCCUCUCGUUCCUAUGUCUCGUCCUACUGAUGGCUCUUACGCUUCUUCACGUGAACUCACGAAAUGUCGCGGUCCUGGCACUAAUCGGAUGGCUCCUGGUGUGCAGCCUUGUGCAAGGAGUGGAUAGUGUAGCGUGGGCACAAAAUACUGUGGUCCGUACGCCUGUCUGGUGCGAUAUCGCGACCAAGGUGCUCCUUGGUUCUCGACUUGCGAUCCCUGCAGCUUGCUCCAGCAUUUCUUACCAUCUGUAUUUCUUGUCUUCCAACCGAGACGCGAAGCGAAGACCUCAUAGAACUCUCUUCGAAGUUACAUUCUGUAUAGUGUCCCCUAUUUUUUAUAUGGCAUUUCACAUCAUUGUUCAAAACCAUCGCUUCGACCUUACUCAAGACUUCGGCUGCGUGGCCUCGAUUUACACUUCGAGCGCUGCAAUAAUCCUGGUCUGGAUACCACCGUUUCUCUUCUGCACUUCUUCUUUGGUCUUCGCUGGCCUUUCUCUGUUGGCCCACAUCCGCCGGAGCCGGCAGCUCUCAGAUCGAGUGUGCCUCUCAUCACGACUCAUCACGGUCACCUUUCUUCGUCCACUCUUCACAGCUAUUAUUAUCUCCCUGCUCGUUCUCACUGUAUCAAUAUUCGAUUUCGCCGUCGCCUUGACUUCAGAUGGCGGGCUACAGCCUUGGCUAUCUUGGUCUUCGGUGCAUACCAACCUUUCACAAGUCCAGGUUAUUCCACAAAUGGCGUACGCUCACCUGCACCGGAUCGAAGCAUGGUGGUGGGUAGCACCCACCGCCACGUUGGUUUUCUCCUCCACGGCUCUUGUGGGCCUCGUUUACUGCGCACAGACCGCCUCCGGCAACGGGUAUCGCAAUCCCGCACGCUGGUUCCACACGUCCCUAUUCCACAGGUCACGUGGAGACGAAUUUAUCCAAUGCUCCGAAGGCUUCUCCACGCGUUUGACGUCGCAGUUGACGAUACCUUCGCUCUCGCCGCUCUCCCCGACGGAAGCCAUCUCUGGCUGGGACGAUACUGUUCGUUCAGAGAAAGUCAAACCGAAACUUCCGCCUAUCACUUGUUCUCUACCGCCCGUUUUGGCUUCCCCCUCAAAUCCCGGCCCAGAGUCUUCGAAGUCUGCGCAGCACCCGUCGUUGGCAUACAUGCAGUCGCCGUCCAGCCCCGAGCCACCCAUGGCGGCUACACCAGCGCAGCCGCACUGGUCAACACUCUUGAAGAGCCCGCCGCCAAGCCUGGCGAGCGUGCCGUCGUCGUCGCCGGCGGACUCGAUCCUCUCCUCGCCGUGGCCUCGCCCGCCGUCGACGGUACCCGUGACGCCCGUCCUGUCUCCAACAUCGCCGCAGUCUCCGACGGUGCCCGCACCCUCAUACCGCUACGCGCGCCCACCGAGCAUGUCCUCGCUCAGCACGAGCGCCGCGUCGAGCACGAUCAGCGCGAACGCGUACCUCGGCGACCCCGACGCGCUCCUGCACGGCGUGCCGCUCGCUCUGCGUCGCGCGCCCUUCGCCGACGCGGGCAUCCCGGCCCCUACACUGGCCAUGCCGCUUGUCGAGCGGAACCGGAGCCCGCUGAGGCGCAUCCCCAGCCUCGAGGGGUUCCACGCCCGGAAGAUGAGCCUCACAAGGGGCAGUGGCGCUGGUAACAGGAGAGAUGUGCACACAGAGGGGAUCUAUAUGACGGUUGUGCAAGAAACUGUCUGAGUGCUGCGACAACUGUGACCAUCGUUCUCCCCAGGUUACCCUUUUUCAGUUAUUCCUCGUGUUACACUGUUACACACGUAUAUCCUGGCUGUGUCAGGACUCUUCGUGUUUCCCGUCGUUCCUCGGACGAUCCCUUUCCAUACACUUUGCUUUCUUACCUUACUGCUUCUUGUUCGGCGGAUGCUCCAAUUGCGAGUACUUCCACGUUGUAGCAUAUCCUUGCCUGUAUCCUAGCCACCCUCACCUGUCGUAUGUCCAUCGUAUGCCUUCGCCUUUUCCUAUUGAUCUGUUCGAACGAUGAACUGGUU